AGUUUUAGUGACGUUUGCUUUGGUAGCGUUAACAGCGUCUCCCCGAACGCACCCAUAGUGACGCUUAUAAGUGCUUAAAGCGCGUAAACGCACAAAAGGAACGCAGCACUAGUUGUAGGCGUGACAGAUCUAUAUGUGAAAGAUAUAACUUUAUUUAAUAUUGUUCCUCGAUAUGGGUUGUAUUCUUGAAAAAUAUCACACACGAUAUUUUUAUGAAAAACUACAGUACACGUAACAUGAACUAUAGUUUUUUUAGAAAUAUCUUGCGUGAAAAUAAUAUUGCAAUUCUAGACAAAAUUAUAAAUCUCGUAACUUGUUCUCGUAAGAAUUUACGAGUAGACGAUUGAUUCGUAAGUCAACGAUUUACUCGUAUAUUUGUUUAGAAUUACAGCAUAAAGCCGCUGCUACAACAUAGAAGAAUAAUACAGAGAGAACGAAUAAAUUAAUGACAAACGGCGGAAAAAGAAACAAAAUAUGUCACCGUUGCUACAUAAUUUAGGAGAAACACCGUUCAAAAAUAAACACGAAAUACACGACGAAUUGAUGACAGAUCUCGGAAAGAUAAUCACUAAUGGCGGUCGCUUACAAAGAUCUCGAAUACAGGAAAGGGUUAACACCCUCUGUAAAUGGAUGUGCACAACACCUCAGAAGAGUAUUUACAGAUUGGAUCGUUAUGAAGUUGAUUGUACGAAUGACCUGGAAAAUCUACGCAGGGCAUUGAAGCAAAAUGAUAAGCCAGAUCCAACUAUGCAUUUGUUACCUGACCUUCCAUACCAAGUAGUCGCUGUUGACAGUUGGGACAUGUCGGUAUGUCUCGAUUUAAAGAAAUAUCCGGAUGAAAUUAUCGUCGAUGCUAGGUGCGGCACAGCCGUAUUAAGAGGAUCUCAUGUUUACGCUCCUGGCAUCAUGGGAAUGCCGAAUGAUUUAAAAAUUAACACCAAAGUCAGUAUAUUCGCCGAUAUUACCGGCGAAUGUAAAAAAGGCUCGAUUAAACCAUAUGCAAGUGGUAGUAAGGUGUACUUGGGUAACGGCGUUGUACGACAAACGAGGAAACAACUGUUUGGAAAGACUGCCGAAAAUCCGUGUGGUAUCGCGAUAAUUAUGACUGAUGUAAUCUCACGAAUUCCACAAUUAAAUGCGACCGAUGAGUUUCCGAGGCCACAUACGCUACUGCAAAAUUUGCCGUCUAUCGUAUGUAGCCUAGUUUUAAAUCCCCAACCGGGCGAGACGAUUCUCGACAUGUGUGCCGCACCUGGUAACAAAACCACACACAUUUCAUAUCUUAUGAAAGGACAGGGUACGAUAAUAGCUUUAGAGAAAAAUCCAGGUAAGGUCAAGCGAUUUAAGGAAAAGUGUAACGACGAAAACAUUAAAAUCUUUUGUUACGAUGCUGCAAAGGCUGUCGCGGAACAAGAGCAUAGUUCCGUCUGCACUGAUGAGCCACCGUUCCCAAAGAAUCACUUUGAUCGUAUUCUCUUGGACACUCCGUGUAGCGCAUUAGGUCAAAGACCGCAAUUAUGCAACGCAAUCACACCGAUGCAACUUCGUUCUUACGUCCCCUUGCAACGAGGUCUGUUCUCUGCUGCUGUGCGUCUUUUGAAGUCGAAGGGAACGUUGGUGUAUAGUACGUGCACUGUCACAGUAGCCGAGAACGAAGGGAUUAUCGCUUGGGCAUUGAAGCAAUUUCCAGAGUUAAAGGUGGAAUCGGUCGAGGAUCGGAUAAAAACUGACAGAUACGGCACUCGAGGAUAUACCGUGAAUGGCUUGACAGACGAGGACGCAAAGAAAGUAUGUAGAUUCGGUCCUGAAAGUGAUUCUAUUGGAUUUUUUAUCGCGUGCUUGAAAAAAAUUUCAUUGUGACACGGCCGAAUUACAUUAGAACUUUAUUAUACCGAGCUUCUUGCCAUUAUUUAAGAUGUAACAAACUUGUAAUAUUCUCAGGAGAGCAAUAUAAUGUGUUCGCCUUUCAAUUACAGUUUUAAUAAAUUAAUUUGACAAAAGA